CUGCCUCAGAAUCUUCUGUACGCUACAAAUCUUCCGUAUCCCCCACCACAAAACUCAUACGCCGCACCGCCUUCUCUUCCUCCUCCGAUUCACUCUCAUUACACAUGUGGUCCUUACAGUUCAUGCAGUUAUGUGAAUCCAAUGGUGGGUCGCUUUAACUACCAUUAUCAUCAGCAUCAAAAUCCUUACUAUGCAAAUGGGUGGUCUCCGAUUAGGCCUCCGGUGAUAGGACAGGUGCAACCGCCGCCGCCGUACGUGGACCACCAGAACGCGAAGAAGGUGAGGAAUGAUGUAAAUGUGCACAAGGAUACGUUGCGGCUCAAAAUAGAUGAGCAGCACCCUGAUCAGCACCUGGUUUCUUUUGUCUUUGAUGCCAUGUUUGAUGGGAGCAUCACUAUUUUCUACUUUGCCAAGGAGGAGUCAGAUUGUAGAUUUGUUCCCCUAUUUCCUGAAGCUUUUAUGCCAGUAAGAAUCCCCUUUCAAAAAGGACUUGGCCAAAAAUUUUGUCAGCCCUCAGGAACAGGAAUUGAUUUAGGCUUCUUUGAGUUAGAUGACCUUUCAAAAUCAUCAGCUGAAGAAGAUGUUUUCCCCCUUGUAAUAUGUGCCGAAACACGCGUAUCACCACGCUUAGCUGAUGAAAAUCUUGAUGAACUUGUAUCAAAUGCAUCUGCCCAUAUGCAAGUUACCCAAGCUGUUCUGGAGAAAAACAAUAAUGAUUCUUUCAAGGUGCAAGUAAUAAGACAGAUAUUGUGGGUUGAUGGAGUUCGGUAUGAGCUGCGUGAGAUAUAUGGAAUUGGAAGCUCAGCAACAGCAGAAGGUUUUGAUGAUAGUGACCCAGGGAAGGAGUGCGUGAUUUGUAUGUCUGAACCUAAGGAUACUGCUGUAUUACCUUGCAGACAUAUGUGCAUGUGCAGCGACUGUGCAAAAGCUUUGAGGGUUCAGUCAAAUAAAUGCCCUAUUUGCCGGCAACCUAUUGAGGAACUUAUAGAGAUCAAGGUUGAGGUUAAGUUGAAAAAGUAAAUCAAGAAAAAUGGUGCAGAAAACAUGCCAAGACAUACUGUUGAUCUGGAAUUUGGACCUCUAAAAUUUGAUGCCAUUUAUCUAUGAAAACAAUGACCUUUUAUCAUUAUUAUCAUUAUUAUUAUUCUUCUUCUAUAAGAGGCUGUCCUAAUCGAACUGCCACCAUCACUUACAGACAUAUAUGCUACAGUUCUGAACU